ACAGCUUUCCCACUACAGACGUAAGGAUAAAUGGUCUAUAAUUACCUGGACUAUCCCUACUACCUUUUUUGAACAAGGAGACAACAUUCACCUCCCUCCAAUCCUCCAGUACCAUUCCCGUGGACAAUAAGGACUUUACUUCACCAACCAAGAUGCCAACUAGGUUUAGGAAAACCAGGAAGCUGCGAGGGCACGUUAGCCACGGUCAUGGCCGUAUUGGCAAACACAAAAAGCAUUCUAGAGGCCGAGGCAAUGCUGGUGGGAUGUAUCACCACAGAAUCAACUUCAAUAAAUAUCACCCCGGUUACUUUGGGAAAGCUGGUAUGAGACAUUAUCAUUUAAAGAAAAACCAGUUAUUCUGUCCUACCAUAAAUCUGGAUAAGUUGUGGACACUGGUCAGUGAACAAACCAGAUUAAACUAUGCUAAGAAGCCUGAAGGACCAGCACUUGUUACUGAUGUUGUACAUGCAGGUUACUAUGAAGUUUUGGGCAAAGGAAGACUUCCAAAACAGCCAAUCAUUGUCAAGGCUAAGUUCUUCAGCAAAAAAGCUGAAGAGAAAAUCAAAGAAGUUGGAGGAGCUUGUGUAUUAAUGGCAUAAACUUCAACUGGAUGCAAGAAUUAAAAAAGUAUGCCCACAGGAAAAAGAAUCUCAGGGUUGUACGUGGUGACAUGCAUGUACUCUUGAUAUUAAAUUUUACUUUGAACUUUUGAACUUUGAGAUGAGAAAGAUUAACACACAACAUAAAGUUCAACAGUACUUUGUUUUCUCUUCAUUGACUUCUAAUUAAUGUGCAUGAUUUAAGUGGAGGAUUAUAUGGUUUUGCAAAGUAAUUACAACAAAAUCCAGUGAUAGUUGAGUGCAGUUUCGAAUUUUGUGCACAAAAGUUACAACACAGUCCAUUCAGUCCAAUACACACUGGUGUUUACUUCCUAAUCAACUACUUGCUCACAGACAAAAUACCUACCUUAAAGCAAGACAACAGUGAAAAGCCAAAGCCUUAAAGAGAAAUAGGAAAUCAAACUGACAAACUGCACAACUUAACAGCACUGUUAAAAGUAAACCCUUCACCAGCAUUCCAAUGAUCAGUGGGACAAUACUCCCCAUAUCCUUCCUCACGCUCCCCCCACUCUACACAAGUCUGAAACAUCGACAGAUAAUCUGACAACGUAGAGAAAGCAAAGGAGUGGUACUGGGUAUCAGUCAACAUACUCACUUAACCUGAAUCAUGACUUUAAACAAGUCAAGAUACAGCAACGCAAACGCUUUGAGGGUGGGGAUUAAAGAAGCUUGCAAGAUUCUCAAGAUAGUUACAGAGGGAAAAUGGAAAAACUAUUGCUGUUUCUAUGGCUAUGACUACAACCAGCAGAGAAAAUCAUUGGCACUCAAUCACUGUUUUUGUACUAAAUGCAAAAUCUGACAACAGAUUGGAAUAAAAAUUUGAACAUAAAUGCAAAUUAAUUUCUUUAUGUAAACUGCAAACACAUGGAAAAAAAUCUUUCAUGCACCUGAUAAACUUUUGACUG